CCUUUAUUUUUUUUGCAGUUGCUCAACUUGGAAAAGCGCCAGGGCGUGGCAGGAAAAUCAACAACCCUUCGCGCCAUAUGGUUUGACUCACUGCGGCAAACUUCAGCGUGUGGACACUUUCAUUUCCCUAAUUAACAAUCUAGCCGCUGUGUGCAAUCUGAGAAACUCAAACUCAAACCGAAGCAAAAACCAAAAGAAAAACGCCAAAGAAAAUGGUCGAAGGAAAUGUGCAAUAAAUAAAAAAUCAAAAUAUAAAACCCCUACGCGAGUGAGCAACGUAUAAUUUAGAGCUCGUGGCCACCAAAAAGUCGAGUGGCCAAUUUGUUGUACGACAUUUAGCAACAACCACAGCUGGCAGGAACAACAUCAAACAGUCGGUCGGCCAAGAUGGCGAGCGUUGAAAGCGUGUGCGAACAUGAAAAUGAAACAUCAUCAUCAGGAAAUAAAUUCGGCAAAAAAUAAAUAUAAAUAUACAUCGAAAUGAAUAAAUAUAUAGACUUAGCAUUCGCAUAUAGCCAUAGCCAUAUUCUAUAUAUUCUAAAUGAGUGCUCUAUAUCCCAGCGAGGGGCAACAAAAAAUCGCAUAGGACAUCUAACCAUUUUUCCCUCCUCAUCAUUUAGUAGGUUUAGUCGGGGCAGGGGUUCAGGGCCGAAGACAUCGGAAUAUAUAUAUAUACACAUCGAGAUAUAGAUUUAGAUAUGGCGGCUGUUUGCUAAAAGGCAUUUGAAGCGAAUGACAUUCUUUCGCCCAGCUGUUGUCAUAUAAAUCAUAGUUUUUAUACAGGGUGUGGCAUUGGGAUUGAAGCAGUUAAGACUCGAUAUUGAUAUAGUCAAAUUGAUUCAAAUGACAUCAUAACAGGGUGAUUUGUUUUGGGGUUUGAGUAUCUUUGAAGUAAAACUAGUUUUUAUUCCAAUAUUGGUAAAGAAUUUUAAGUAUGGUUCGGAUCUUUGCUAUUGAGUCUUAGGUAAAAUUCUUGAGUUCUGAUUUUUUAAUUCUUGUUCAAAGUCACUAGUUUAUAAAUGAUUUAUUGUUAGUGAAAAGCCUAAUAUCUAUCUUAGUAAGUUACCUUCCUUUUCCUUAUUUUAUUUAAAUUUAAUAGGAUUUUAUAAUGGGUACAGUAAAAACUUUAACCAAUAAUUUAUUAUUAUUUUUUUGAUAUAAAUGAAAAAGAAAUUCAUAAUAAGCCGAUGGUCUAUUUAAACAAUCGCAGUGAUUAAUAAUAACACAAAGAACUCACCCUGUUUAAUUCGCAUAAAAGUCGGGAGAACACGCACAACAUCAACAACUCAACUUCUGCGUCAGUAAAUAAACAAAUAUUGACUCAAAUCGAUACAAAUGCCAGCGGCAACAACUAGAUAAUGCACAAAAGUGAUUUUAAUCGCGGCCAAAAAAAAGAAAAUCGAGCCCAUGUUUUUCCAUGCUCUUAAUAUUGUGAUUUUUUUUUUCUUUGUUUAUUUCUCUUUUUUCGGAUCCACCAAUUUAUGGCACAGUUCCAGGAGGCAUAACAUCGAAUAACAAUAUCUGAAUUAGUGGAAGCAGAUCUAAAAAACCGACCACUUGGCCAGAAACAAACUAAAAAUAAUUUGAAGCCAAAGAAAUGUUAAAAAUAAAACCAAAACGAAAUCAACGAAUAUUUUUUUCGGCGGCAAAACAAGGCGGCGGCAGCCGCGGUGGCAAAAAAAUAUGAACAGAAUUAAAAGGCAGCCGCUUGGAGGCUAGAAGAAUAAAUAACAAAAAAAAAAAAUAAAAUAUUAAAAAAAAAAAUAAUAAACCCAAUCAACGAGCAGAAGCAGCAAAAGCAAAUUUCCACAAAAAAAUAGAAGCCGCAUAGCAGUAAAUAGCCAGAAAUUGUCGUCCAGCCGAGGUAGCCUCUCCAUCAGCAGGCGGAAAAGCUACGGAAAAUCAACGGAAAAGCGAGGCCAUCAAGAGCUGCGUGUGGGCGGCGUUGGCUGGCAAGGACAGCCGUUGGUCGUUGACGUUGGCAGCGGCCAAAAGCUGAAGAGGAGGUGGUCGACGUCGAGGCGUUCGAAGAGGAGGAGGCUGUGGCCGAAUCUCAGGCAGCGGCGACGUUGUCGUGGCCACACGGUCCACGGGCCACUUUCGCGAAUCAAUUUCCGUUGCGGUGGCCGUUUCAGUUUUGGUUUCAACGUCGCCGGCGCUACGCGUGUCGUGAAUUUCUAAUGGCGGUUCUAGUGGGUGUUGCAAGUUAGAAGUGUGAAAAAUAACAAAUACAAAGCCAGUAACAGUGUUUAAACGAAACGAAAAAGAGAGAGAGAGAGAGUCAGAGCUAUUAAGCCAAAGAAAUAAUAUACAGAAAAAUAUAGAAACAAGACACCGAGACUCAUGUUGUUGUGCCCCGAACUUGGCCCGGAGCCACCGCGGCAAAGGCAUCGAACUAGUGCCGCCAGGAUACGCAAAAGACCAAAAUGCUGCUGCGCCGGUAAUCAGCAGGAGCAGCAGCCAGGAGGAUCAACACCCGUUAACUCUAGUAACCCAAGUUAUGGCCAAAGUUACAGCCAAAGUCUGACGUAUUUGGCGCGGGUUACGGCAGCCGCUUUAACCACCGCUGCCAUGCUGCACACAACGAAUGCCCUGGCCACCAGCUCGUCCUCCACCAACGCCGGAACUGCACUGCCAACGCAGGGCACUGCCACUCCCGCUGCAUACGAUUUGAACGCCACACAGCUGGACAGCACGACGAUGGCGGGUUUGAGCUCCAACGAGACCGAAGCAGGAGUACCACCAACCGGCAUGGUGCACAAUAUCUUCUGGGUGUUCAAGACCUUCGUCAUGCUGCUCAUCAUCAUUGCGGCCAUCUGUGGCAAUCUGCUUGUUAUUAUUUCUGUGAUGCGUGUUAGAAAAUUAAGAGUUAUAACGAAUUACUUUGUAGUUUCCUUAGCCAUGGCUGAUAUAAUGGUCGCUAUUAUGGCCAUGACAUUUAACUUUAGUGUGCAAGUAACUGGGAGCUGGAACUUCAGCCAAUUCUUGUGCGAUUUGUGGAACAGCCUGGAUGUCUACUUCUCAACAGCGAGUAUUUUGCAUUUAUGCUGUAUAUCUGUGGAUAGAUACUAUGCGAUUGUUAAGCCGCUCAAGUAUCCGAUUAGCAUGACGAAACGCGUGGUCGGCAUUAUGCUGCUGAACACAUGGAUAUCGCCGGCAUUGCUCUCCUUCUUGCCCAUCUUCAUCGGCUGGUACACCACUCCAGAGCACAAGCAGUACGUCAUUGAGCAUCCAGAUCAAUGCGGCUUUGUGGUUAAUAAGUACUAUGCUGUCAUCUCGAGCUCGAUUUCGUUCUGGAUUCCCUGCACCAUCAUGAUAUUCACCUACUUGGCCAUAUUUCGCGAGGCCAAUCGGCAGGAGAAGCAGCUGAUGAUGCGACAUGGGAAUGCCAUGCUGAUGCACAGACCUUCCAUGCAGCCCUCAGGCGAGGCGCUGAGCGGAUCCGGGUCGUCGAAAACAUUGACGCUGCACGAGGUCGAGCAGGAGCACACACCCACUAAGGACAAGCACUUAAUCAAAAUGAAGCGGGAGCACAAGGCCGCACGCACGCUGGGCAUCAUCAUGGGCACCUUCAUCCUCUGCUGGCUGCCAUUCUUUCUGUGGUACACUCUCUCCAUGACCUGUGCGGUAUGCCAAGUGCCGGAAAUAGUGGUAUCGAUUUUGUUCUGGAUUGGCUACUUCAACUCAACGCUCAACCCGCUGAUCUAUGCGUACUUCAAUCGGGAUUUCCGGGAGGCUUUCCGCAACACGUUGCUCUGCCUGUUUUGCAAUUGGUGGAAGGAUCGUCACCUGCCGCUGGACAUUGACAUUCGACGCUCCAGUCUGCGCUAUGACCAGCGGGCAAAGAGCGUCUACUCGGAGAGCUAUCUCAAUUCGACGACGCCCUCGCACCGCCGUCAAUCGCAAAUGGUGGAUAACUUAUAAUACAGGGAUGAGGCGCUGCUGACCCCCAUUGCCCAGCAGCAACAGCGGCUGGCGGCGGGCGGAUCCCGCCUGGGCGGACAAUUGGCAGCUGCCGCCAGGGACAAGGAUUCGAGCAAGGCCAAGUCCAAUGUCGACUGUUUGGGGCAGGGCGAUGAUGUUCAGGAGAUUCAGAUCGAAAUACCCAUGGAGUACAUCAACAAAUGGAACAAGAACAACAAUGCUGCCGCCUCGACGGCCUCGAGUCAUGUGUAAAGAGCUCGUGGAUGCGAAUCAAUGCGAUGGCAGCCGUGGGAGAGAGCUACAGUGGAGGAGGAAUCAAUUUAAUGCAAUUAAAAUGUUCCAUUAAUUUGUAAAAUUAAUAUGCCGGCUCAUGCGUCGGCUGAUUUACUCGUAAUGUUGACAUUAAUCAAUCAUGCGUUGGAGCGUGCCAUUUCAUUUCUGCCCAUCGAUUGCUUAUUUCUCUCUUUCUCGAUUUUAUUAUUAUAUAUAUUUUUUCUCAAUUUCCGUUCCUUUAGAGCACAGAUCGGGGCUAUAUAUAUAUAUAGGAUAACUUAUUUAUUUAUGAUUUCGUGUCGUUUAAAUCUUGUUGUAAAUACUGAGUAUUUUUGUACGACUAAAUUAAGCACAGGUUGUAAACUCAUUUCUAUAUAUAUAAAUAUAUAUACACAUGUAUGUACGCCGAUUGGAAAAACUGUAAGCCGUAAAGCGUUUUGCUAACGAAAAGAUUAAACCAAAAAUAAAUUAAUUCAAAUGGCAAUCACUGCAACUCACUGAGCUAUGCGUGUACAUAGGGAUUCGCAAAAAAACAAAAAACAAAAAACAAAAAACAAAAAACAAAAACCAAAAACCAAAAAAAAAAAAAAAACAGAAAAGAGAAGAGCUAAAGCUAAAACUGUGCCAAUUAAGAGACCGCAAAUUAUAGACAACUAACUACGAGUGAAGUCCUGCAAAUAAAACAAAAACGAGAUUUGCCCAACCACAAUUAAAAUCAGAGAGAAAAUUAGAGAAGCCCGCAAAAAGCCACGGAAGCUAGAAAAAAGCAAAGCUAAAAAACCCCAAUUGUUAUUUGAACGACAAUCGCAUGAAUUGAAAAUGCUCAAAACCUAAAGUAAACCUUAAAAGGUAUAUCAAGUAAACAUAGCGCAAAAUAUAUAGUCAAAGCCAAUAUAGGAUCCUGAAGUUCGGUCAAAACCAAAGCUAAAGCUAAAGCCCAAAAAUAAAUUAACCAACAUAUAGUGCAUCGAUAUCAGACUAACCAAUUGUGUGUGUUUUUUUUUGUUUAGUGAGGAAUUCCUUUGAUUCCCAAAAGUGUUUAGUGUCGAGUUUCCUGGAAGUGAAAGUGAAAGAAAGUGCUUCGAAUGAUGAUUACAAUGGGUAAUUGCGUUGCAGUUCCUGGAAUUAAGUUGACUGUGUAGCCUGUGAGGGCAAGGCUUGAGUAUUGCUUCAGAAGUCAGCAACUUGAUUCCAGCAAUUGCGGCCCAAUAUUCCGCAACGAAGAGAAAGGCCAAAGGCAAACCCCGGAACUCCACUGAACUUUCGACUAUGAAAAGCAAUGGCAAAUAAUGCAAAUAAGGCGAAUAAACCAAAUAAGCAGACAAAGCAUUUUGUGUUCUUUGUAUAAAUAACUUACGACUCCAUAAAAUGUUACCAACACAGUUUGCGAAAACUUAACGAUUUAUGAUUUUUCUCCUUAAUCCGCAAACCGAGCAGAAACAAGUCAAGUAUAUAAAUUUAUAAUACAAAAAAAAAGAAACUUUUUUUUUAUGCUGAUUUCCCAAAGCUAGUCUGAAAGUAAAAAAGAAAAUAAUACUGUUGCCAUGAAUGGGAAAAACAAGGAUUAGGAGCCAAAGCUCAGUAUGUAUCAUAUAGAGUGUGUAUAAAUAUAUGUCUAAAUAAAUGUUAAACUUAUCGUAAGUAUUUAUUAUAUAUGACUUCCUUGAAAAGAUGAAAUAAAACGUCAGAGGAGACCGCAAAUACCAAAUCUCUAAAGAAACUUGUUAUAUUUUUAUAAACCGAACAACAACACCCGAAACUAAUACUGUAUAUGUAUAUGUGUAAUUUAUAUUUGUAUACUGACAGGUCUGUGUAUAUUUGUGUGUGCGAGUUAUUUAUUUAUUAUUAUUAUUAUUAUUGUAAUCAUUAUUACUGACAACUGAACAACUUUUGGUUGCAUUGUUUUGUGUUUUGCUGUGCAAUUUUCCAUGCAAAACCAAAUAGAGUCCUAACAUUAAGCCAGGCUAACGAGCAAAUCUAGCCUCGAGUGGCUAGACAAGUAAAUGGCAAACUAAGCUACUAACUAAGUGAAUAUGAAAUUCAGAUGUAUUAUAAAGCAACAUUACGAAACUUCAAGUUGGAAAACAAGCAGAAAAGCAAAAAAUAAAUUUAAAAACUACAAAUAUAGCAAA